GAUCAGUGUUUCCGCCACUUCCGCUGCAUUCGCCCUCAAAGUUGUGUUGGUCGUGUUUCCGCUGUUUUCGCCACAAGCCACACAAGCUACUAAUUCAUAGGUGAUGCAAGAUCAACUGGUGAUGUAUGUGUGUGAUCUGCGGUGGAUGUGAGGGAUCGACAGCCAGAGCGAUCGCAGUAAUCGUGUCGAGUUAAUCUCACGAACGGCAAUGGACAGCACACUCUGUGGUUGACAGCGGCCCAUGGCCGUGCCUGCGCUAUUUUGCUCCAGACAUCCGAUCAAGGCACCGUCGGGAGCUCCGCCUGGCCGCUACAACACGUUGAUUCGGGUUCGGACCAGAGCAGGCGCUGUGCGGACGACAACGACCGUGGUGUGAUGUCGGCGGGUGAUGUGCCUCCCGGUCUCUCGGGCCCGUCUCUCGUGCCGUCGUUCGUGCGCUUCGUCAACAGGACCGGACGUCGGGUGGACGUGAUCUGGCUUGACUACAACGGAACGCGUGUCAAGUACAAGAGCCUGGAACCCGCUCAGGUGUUUGACGUGGACACGUUUGUGAACCACCCGUGGAUCUUCCGGGACUCCCUGACCCACGACCGGCUGGUGGUGCGUCACCGGGAGGUGUUCCUGCCACCGGAGCCCGGGCGGGCGGGUCCCGGCGGGGAGCGGACGCGCAGGAUAGUGCCCAUCACCCUGCCUGUGUAUUCCCUGAAGGAAAACUGCUUCCAAGAGAUCCGCAAGCGCAUCGCCCCGCCCGAUGCCAUCUGCAAGACGGAAAUUCCGACCGCUCUUCAACAGGAAUUCCUGCAGUUCCUUCAGCAGCGGUGAAACUAGACCUGUCCGUGCAUGCUGACGGAGGGCUCAGACCUGGACCAGAGAACUGGAACUCCCACCAAGUGGACAUGGGUGGUGCAGGUGGUGCAAGGAACAUGCUCUCAGCGUUAAUGUUCUACGAAAAUAAUCUUUAUUGCGCCUAAACAAAGAACACAGGCGUACAAAGCAAGAGCUACAAUAUGUACAGGAAUCUUAUAUUAAAGCUGCAAGUAUACUCGUGA